AUUGAGAUCUACUCUCCUGUCUGCCACAACCAAAGGGACGCUGUUGUGAAGAGGACUUGACGUUGUAAAAGCUUCAUUUUCUGCAUCACCAGAUCAAGGCCCUCCAGCCAGUGAAGAAGCCAUGCUUAUCAGGUCUCCUCAUGGCCGUACCACCUCCGCUAUCACCCUCCUCCAGCCACAGCUGAUGCUCGUCCUUGCCCUGGCCGUGCUGAUCUGCCCUUGGGGCCACGUGACGAGUCAGGGCGAAAAUCAAACCCAGUCCGCCGCUCAGGUGCUCCAGGACCUGCUGGCUCGCUAUGGGGACAACACCACCAUCACGGUGCCCCAACUGCGCUCUCUGCUGGGUCUCCUGAGCCAGGGCCAGCCGGAAGGUGAAGGCGACAGCAGCAGCAGCGUGGCUGAAACAACAACAACAACCACACCUCCCAAAUCCAAUCGCUCCAAGUGCUUGCCUGCAGACACGCUGGCCAUUUACAGCAUCAGCGAGCAGUCACGCCUGAAUGGGAAAGACUUUAAGGAGCUUUGCCCCACAAUGCUGCAGCAGCUGGAUACGGGAAGCUGUAAGGGGCAGAAAGAGGAAGAGCCGAUCCCUGAAGUCUCCCCGAGACCCACAGAUGCUGAAGUGUGGGGCUUUGCUUUCCUGAGUGUGACAGUGGUCAGUGCCUUCUCUCUCACCGGAGUCUUCAUCGUGCCUCUCACGAAGACGCGCUAUAUGAAACACGCGCUCGUCUUUUUCAUCGCUCUAGCCAUUGGCACGCUGUACUCCACUGCCAUCCUGCAGCUCCUGCCAGAGGCGUUUGGUUUUGACCCCAUGGUGGAUUUCUAUGUGUCCAAGUCUGCGGUGGUGUUUGGAGGCUUUUACCUUUUCUUCUUCACCGAGAAGGUCCUCAAAGUGCUUCUCAAACAGAAAAAUGGGAGCCAAGGCCACAGUCAUUACUCCAGCGCGGAUCGUUACUCGACGCAUAGCAGGGAGGUGGAGGAAGGAGAGAAGGAGAAGCUGCAGCAGAACGGAGAGGCGAGCAGUCUGGCGUUGGGGAAGGUGGACGCUGGCGAGGGAGAGCUCAUGCUCAGCCCGGCACAGACACCGCAGGACUCCCAGAGUCCGGACAGCGCGGGUCGGUCCGCCCACAGUGGCGGCGGCUGCUAUUGGCUGAAGGGAGCGACCUACUCUGACAUUGGCACGCUGGCCUGGAUGAUCACGCUGAGCGACGGCCUGCACAACUUCAUCGACGGCCUGGCCAUCGGCGCCUCCUUCACCGCCUCCGUCUUCCAGGGAGUCAGCACCUCGGUGGCCAUUCUGUGUGAGGAGUUUCCCCACGAGCUGGGAGACUUUGUGAUCCUGCUGAACGCUGGAAUGAGCAUACAGCAGGCUCUGUUCUUUAACUUCCUGUCCGCCUGUUGCUGUUACCUGGGCAUGUGCUUCGGCAUUUUGGCCGGCAACAGCUUCUCCCCCAAUUGGAUCUUCGCCCUGGCAGGAGGAAUGUUCCUCUACAUCGCUCUGGCAGACAUGUUUCCAGAGAUGAACGAGGUGAGUCGGGAGGACGAGGACGCGGGCGGCAGCAGAUUCCUCAUCACCUUUGCCAUCCAGAACGCCGGCCUGCUGACGGGCUUCGCCAUCAUGCUCCUCCUCACCAUGUACUCCGGACAGAUACAGCUGGCCUAGCGAUGGACUCCACUGGACCGACACCAGCUCUGGCCAGUGUUGAAACCAAGAUGUCUGCUGCUGCUGCUGCUGGUGGUGGUUUGUGUGCUGGCUGGUGAAAAAACUGGAGCUCCAAGAGAAGGGAGGGAGACCAAAAAAAAAGUUCUUCCCUCUCAGAUUUGGAUUUCCAGUAAAAUUCCCAGUUUUCAGGACCCCUGGAUUUCCGGGAGUGUGGCUGCUGUGCGGCAGGUCCGCACACCGACUCAUCAAUCGAAAAAAUAUCUGAUCAUCCGCUCUCUUGCGCCGUUCCCAAAUGCAGUAGAUUUCACACGGAGGGGGUGGCAGCCUUCUUUAGACGUGUUUUCAACCUUUUCCUGCUGACAGCUGCUCCCUCUGUCUAGAAAUAUCAACUGAAGCAGCGUUGAGCCUAAAGAGAUAAAAAGUACUCGAUUAAGUAUUGCACUUCCUAAAGGGGACCUAUUAUGCUUUUUACUUAUCUUCAGUCACAUAUAUAAUGUUGCAAUGUCAGAUGUUUAGUUAAAUGUUGUCAAAAGGCAAGUCAGUUUAUUUGUAUAGCACAUUUAAAACAACCUCAGAUGACAGUACGUACAAGCUUAAAACACAAUAUAUAAUAAAAGAACAAUUAUGAGUAAGAUAAACUAUAAAAACACAAUAUAAUUACACAAUAAAAGUCAGGAUGUCGAGCUCAACUAGUAUUAAAAGCCAAUGCAAAGAGGAGAGUCUUUAAGCAAUGAUUUCAAACUUCUCAGGGUCUGAGCAGCUCUGAUAUUGUAUGGUAGACUGUUCCUCAGGUUUGGAGCAGCCACCGCAAAGGCUCAGUCACCUCUGGUUUUAGAUAGAAAGAUAGAUAGACAGACAGACAGAUAGUCAAAAUGUCAAGUAAUGAGGUAAACAUUCUUCCCUGUGAGCAAAAAGCAUCGGAUUCAGCCUCAUUUUUCAACGGUUAUUCCUCCUUUUAAUCUGAACCGAUGCUGGCUCCCGACUUAUAUCUUUAUAUGGUCUUUUAAUAUGAAAGGAUAAAGCAGGAAAUGUUAGGUUUGCAUCAGCGAUAACUUAACACGACAGGCUGAAACUGCCUGUUAGAGACAGAGGCUGAAAGAAAGGAAUAAAGAGCCUCAAAUAUAAGAUAAAUAAGGAGUUUUUAAAACUGUAAAUCAUGCAAAGCUGCUCUAAAGAGUCCCAGAAUAAAAAAUAUAGAGCAAAAUAGGUCUCCUUUAAUCCCCUACCGAUGUGACUGACAACACCUGACUGACAUCUCAUGAGGCAAGUUUAUCAGAUUUGGCUCAGCUCAUCUCCCUCCGGAGCCACACAUGGCUUCAUGCACUCUUUUCAUAAGUACAGUCGUACUCCCCGGCACCUGUAAACAGACUUUGAUGUGUAAAAUUGGUGGAGUUCCAGUUUUUUUAAGGAUUUGAGACGUGAACUGACUCGCAGUAUUCAAUAUCCGUUCGCUAAAGCUGUUCUCUAUCUCUCCCCCCUCCUCCCUCAGACUACUGAUCAGCCUGCUCUUAUUCUCCUUUUCUCGUCCUUCCCUCCCUCUGCCGAUGUCAUUAUUUAAUCCUCAACCAUUAGAGAUCCGGUAUAUACACAGAAUAUUUCUAUCACUAGUCCUCUGUGCCAGCAACACUUCUUCUUCUUGUAGAAGUGGGAAAAGCACAAUCAGGUAACAGCAGCUGUAAUCUUUUACAUCCUUGAGUAUUUUAUUCUCUUUUUUUUUUCUUUCCAGACUUUGAAGCCUCCCUCUUUUCUUUUUUUUUUCAUUCCAUACCAAAAAAAACUAAUCAUUAUGGACUGAACUGGAAUUUUAAACAAGUGUCAAAAACACACCCAGAGAGACUGACUUCCAGCUGGACUUUGUUGUAAACUUAUGUGUCGAUGUUAUAUAUAUUUUUUAUACAUGAUAAACAUGAAAAAAAAAAAAAAAGAUCUGACUUUUGAAGACCAAAUACGGGGCAGACCAUUGAGUAUGGUGAAGGGCUACACAGUGACGUUUUGGAGGAGGGGGCACACACUUCUCUGUAUGGAACUCUCUUUGACAUGCAAUUAUAAAAGUCCUAAAUAAUAAUAAUAAGAAUAAUAAUAAUAAUAAUAAUAAUGAAGCCUGGGGUUUAAGUUAUGUAACAUGUGACAUGAAGUCCAGAGCUUCAUAUUUGUGGUUUUUAUCCAGAACGUGUCCACACACACACACACACACACACACACACACACACACACACACACACACACACACCCACACACCCAGCGUCAUUUCUCUGUAGUUUUACCAUCUGUGCCCUUCAUGAAUAUAUACAUAUAUAGCAUUGAAUCAUCUUAGUUUUUUAAUUCCCUGACUGUAUUCUUGACCUCAAAGUGCAAAUCUCUGGCCUUCGCACCUACCCCCCCCCCCCCCCCCCCCCCUCAGAAUGAUCUAUUCUUUUACAGUGGAGUAAUAGUUUUAACAGAAUACUGUAAGCUGAAUCCUGUAGACAUGCACACUUUGCCUACUGAUCCGUGACCUUAUCCUCAUCCUUUAUAACCAUAGAACAAAAGAGUUUAAAUACUGUAUCUAGUUAGCUUGUUAUAACUGUAACACCGUAACUCGGAUUCUCUCUGAAUUUACACUGCAUGGCCAAAAGUAUGAGGACACUGGUGCUUAAACUCCUCUAAACUCUUGUUUUUUUGGGUUGUUAUUCAUUUGUGAAACCCCCAGUUUCGAGUGUGGCUCAUAUCCGCAUAACAGAGCUAAGUUUCAUUUUAGUAGAAACACAGAAGAUCAUUUACAACAUUAAACUGCUGCUUUGCUUCUAUUUCCUCAAACUCUCUCCACACAUGAAUGAUAAAAAUGUUCCGUCUGCUCCAUGAUGAAGUAGAUUUUAAUCAAGAACCUGUUGCACAAAAGCGACGUGCAAGCACAGAUCGAUCACAAAUAAGAUAAAAUCAAUUUUAUUUGUCAUUCAGAUUAGACACUAUAUAUAGUAACAGAAUUUUCUUUUAAAGUGCUGAUAUUAAAAAUAAUGAAACGGGAAAUAAAAAAACCAAAAACUAUUAUAUACAGUACUGUGCAAAAGUCUGAGGCCGCCAUUAGAUUUGUUGUUUUAUCAAUGCUAUAAGUACCAUAUAUAUAAUUAUUUAUCAGUCUCUUAAUUAGAAUACAACCAAAAAUACAGGAAAUGUUAAUGCAGUAUUAAAAAAAACUGUGAAAACAAUAGAGACUAUGCACCGAUCUGACAUUUAUAUCAAGUAUCGGCCCUCAUAUCGACUGAUUAGCUAGAUCAGGUAUCAGAUAAUGGGGCUGAUCUGUUUACUUCAACUCUAUGUUUACUCUCAGUUUCAGCUGCUAUAUUUUAUAUUUUUUGAAAGCUGUUUAAAGUUGCUGCCGGUGCACAAUUAUUUAUUAUUUUCUAAUAAUGAACAACAACUCACUACAUUUAUAUCUUUUGUGUUAAUUUGUUACUUUCUGCUUUGCAAAGUUAGGAAAGUAAUGUUUAAGUCGAGCCUGAUGCCUUCACUCUCUUCCACACGGGGAGAUGUACAGUGCAUUAAUUCAUCAAUGGUAUCGGGUAUCGACUGAUAUGCAAAGCCCACGUAUCGUUAUAAGGACUGAAAAAGUCUAAUCGGUGCAUCUCCUCUUACAGGACUCUCGUUUGCAAGUAUCGAGUUUGUUUUAAUUAGUAAAAUAUGACAAAAUGAACAGAAGAGGAAAUAUUCUCAUGUUUUGCAGUUUUCAAGUUGCAAAUUUUGUGAAACUGACCCUUGUUUCUCAAGUUGUGGCACAAACUGAGUGUUAUUCUAUUUUAUCUGGACACUUCAGUUCAAAUUAAGAUGAAAUCAGCAUGAAAUAUUUUAGAUAAUAGUCUACUCCCGACUUUGUGGCGACAGGCUGGAGAAGAAUCUCUCCUGUUUCAACACGACAAUGCUCUUGUGUAUUUUACCAGAGCCAUAAAAAUAUUAUUUUUAAUAGUUUCAGCCUGUGAGGAGCCCUGUAAAUCAACUCCACCCAGAUUUUUAAAGAUGAACGUCAAGUCAGGCCUUAUUGCACAACACAUAACGCUCAUGUUGCUCCAAAGUCUGAAACCAGAAGAGUUGGAGGCUUUUAUAGCAGCAGAUUAAUAUCCAAAAAUAUGAAUAACAUGUUAAAUAAUCACAUGUGGGUUUAAUUAUGAGUAUCCACAUACUUUUGGCCUUGUGGUGAACUUUAAACCAGAGAGAGUGAGAAACUGUUUCUUUAUUAUCUGUAAUGCUGAUUAUUCAUGAGAGCUUUCAGGGGACCAGUUGUUGUUGUCGUCGUUGUUGUUGUUGUUGUUGUUGUUAUCCAUCAUAUUUUUUGGUAAUGUGAGCAGACUUUAACAAUAGUAUUAUUAUAAGAAUGAAACAGCCAUUUACACCAUAGCAGCGUCAUUGUAUUUGCUACUGUGCUCCACUACAAAGUCAGUGUGACAUAGUUUUGAUCGCUGUGGAUUCACACACACACACACACACACACACACACACACACACACACACACACACACACACACACACACACACACAUUAUCUGAUAUCUUACAGAUGGGAGCACACAGAUGUUUUAUUCUCUGUAUAAUAUUGAAGUCUUUAAGCAGAGAAUAAUCUAUGUGAUCCUUUACCAGAAGCUACAUACAUCUUCAUAGCUUAUACAUUACUGUAGAAUAUAGCUGUAGAUUAUAAUUAGAGAUAGAAACUGGAAGCCAUCAUCGGCUGCCUCGUUGUAUAGGCCUACUAUUAUUAAAAAAAACACAGAAAAAUCUCUUAUUAUUUCUGGAAGGAGAAGGCAAGCCAUUAAAACGGGUACCUGGAGGUACAGUAUUUCUGCUGCUUGAUAUGUGUGUGACGUAUGGGAGAUUAUUUAUUUUGUUGUUUGAGCCAUACAAUAUUUAUUUUAUGCUUCGCACCUAAGAUAUGAAGUGUGCUGAGUUUGGUUUUUUUUGCUUUACACCACAAGCCAUGAAUAGUAAGAUAAAAAAAAAGAAGUCCGGUCUUUUUUUUGUUUGUUUGUUAGUUUGUGUUUCUUUCUUUUUGUUUUUUGUUAUUGUUGUUGUUGUUGUCUUGUAGUUUAUACAUUUUGAAUAAAGUGAUGGGACAGCUGCCAGAAUACACAUUAAAAUCUUAUACUGCGUUGCAUAUUUUAUAACCUUAUGUUUAAAAAAACUGAAUUCAGAGCUUGUACACCCAACAGAGAGGGACAGAUUUCUCCGUCAGUGAUGAAACUGAUGAUUAUUUUCACUGUGGGUUAUUUUCUUGACUCAUUUGGUCAAAAAAAUGGCAGAAAAUUGUGAGAAAUGUCAGUCAGUUUCUAGUUUUGUCCCAAUUAACAGUCCACAAUCCAAAUAUAUUCAGUUUUACUGUCACACAAGAUUAAAGAAAACAGAAAAUAUUCACAUUUCAGAAGCUGGAUUCAGAAAAUGUUGAUAUAUGACUCAAAAAGAUUAUCAAAGUAGUUGGUGAUUAAUUUUCUGCCUAUCGACUAAUCAAUUAAUCGCAUAAUUGUUGCAGCUCUUAAUUGUUCAGCUCAGACGCAAAAACCCAAUAAGUGAAAUAAAAACAAGUUCAGGAGCGCACAAACAAACACUGCAGAUCUCUAACUGGUGCAAACAAACAAUCAAUGUUUCAACUCUCCUCUUCGGCAUCAACCAACAAGCCAAUGAUCGACUUUCUGGAGAUUUUAAUAAAUCAUUGAUGCUCUUUCAGACUUGUAAUGUAUCAUUAUGAAAAUAUUGUACCUGAUGUAAUUUAAUGGGAAUCCUUGUCAGCUUUCUCUGUGUCUCAUGGGAAUCUCUUUUUUUUUUUAUAA